UCCUCCUUCGCCGACGCCCGUCCCCCCAUCCCGUCACCCCCCGUCUUCAUCCUGUUCCCGUCCUCUCCGUCGGAAUAUCGACGUUGAGGACGCUCCAAACAGGUGGGCCCCCAUCCGUCCUCCCUCGGCGACGCCCGUCCCCCCAUCCCGCCACCCCGUCUUCUUUCUUCCCCCCGUCACCAUACCACCCAGCCUAAUAAAUUGGGCGGUGUCUUUUCUUUUUGCUAAAACAAGUAUAUUUCUUGUAUGCAUCAAUGGGUUUUGUGAUAGUUGUAGGUCUACUCUUAUCUUACAUCCUAAUCCGAGCCACUUUCUUAGUUUUUGGAGUCGGUAGGCCCAAGAACUUACCUCCAGGCCCAACAUGGCUACCGAUCAUUGGAAACCUCCAUUUUCUUGGAGACCAACCACACAAGUCCCUAGCCAAACUAGCCGAAACUCAUGGCCCGGUAAUGUCCUUAAAACUUGGUCACAUCACCACAGUCGUUAUCUCCUCCGCUAGUGCAGCCAAAGAAGUACUCCAAAAACAAGACCUUGCAUUCUCCGCCCGUCAUGUCCCUAACGCGGUACAUGCACGUAACCACGCCGGGCACUCCGUCGUAUGGCUCCCAGUGGGCACCAGGUGGCGCACACUCAGAAGGAUCUUGAAUUCCAAUAUCUUUUCCUCCAACUCCCUUGAAGCUAACGAGCACUUGAGGAGCAAGAAAAUUGAAGAGCUAAUAGCAUACUGCGGGAAAGCUAGUGUGUCGAAUGAUUAUGUGGACAUCGGUCGUGCUGCAUUCAGAACCUCGUUGAAUCUUUUAUCCAACACUAUAUUCUCCAAGGAUGUAACAGACCCGUAUGAGGAGGAUUCAGGUAAAGAGUUUAAGGAGGCGAUUACAAACAUUAUGGUGGAGGCCGGGAAGCCAAAUCUUGUGGACUUUUUUCCGGUGUUGAAGAAGAUUGAUCCACAAGGUAUCCGGAGAAGAUUGAGUGGUCAUUUUGGCAAGCUUCUUGAGAUGUUUGAGGAGUUAAUUGAUGAGAGAUUGAGAAUGGGAAGAUUGAAGCAUAAUGAUUUAUUGGACGUGUGUUUGAAAAUCAUUGAAGACAACUCAAAUGAGAUUAAUCACACACACAUAAAGAGCUUGUUUUUGGAUUUGUUUGGUGCUGGCACAGACACGACCUCAAACACAUUAGAAUGGGCGAUGGUAGAAGUGCUACGCAACCCAGACACCAUGAGUAGAGCCAAAGAGGAGCUUGAAGAAGUUAUAGGUAAAGCUAAAAUCGUAAAAGAGAAUGAUGUCUUGAGGCUACCGUACUUAUCAUGCAUAGUGAAAGAAACCUUACGAUUGCAUCCGCCAGUCCCCUUACUUAUUCCUCGAAAAGUUGUGAAAGAAGUACAACUCAAUGGAUACACCAUCCCAAAGGGCACACAAGUGCUUGUGAAUGCUUGGGCCAUUGGGCGAGACCCAACUGUAUGGGAUGACUCACUAGAGUUCAAGCCACAAAGAUUUUUGAAAUCUGGGUUUGAUUUCCGAGGUAAAGAUUUUGAUCUAAUCCCGUUUGGUGCUGGAAGAAGAAUGUGCCCUGGGUUGCCACUUGCAGUCCGUAUGAUUCCAAUCAUGUUGGGCUCAUUACUCAACAAUUUUGAUUGGAUUCCAGACACAAAAAAUCAAGCCGACACUUUGGACAUGAAUGAGAAAUUUGGAAUCACCUUAUCCAAGGCGAAUCCUCUUUGUGUUGUUCCAAUACCACUGAACUAGCAUCCUUCAUUCACAUCAUAUUUUAAUGAUAUCCAUCACAAUAUCUGUAGCCUCACUAAGAUUAUGUGGAACACAUGCUUUCAUUUUCACCUGUUUUCAUUUGUCAAUGAUUAUUGUUAA